AGGAAGUAGAGCUAAAGGUAUGGGAAAUGAAAAGCGAGCAGCAUUUUAUAAAAGACGAGGUGUAUCAUCGAGUGAUGGGUUAAAAAGAUUUCAAAGAGCUAUUUUUGUCCUGCCGCUUCGCACACCAGAUACAGACAGAACAGCAUGGAGACACUUCUUUUUCUAUUUCCUCAAUUCAACUACAUGGCCCCAAAGGAGGAAGCGUAUUUUAAAAUGUUUGGUCCAGAAGACUUGCAGGCACCUAAGAUGAAGGACGAUACUAGCAGACAGAAAGACAAGGAGAGGAAGAGCCGACUAAGCCUUUUUCUCACCAAGUCAGGCUCUCAUGAAAAUGUCAGUCCCCAUAAAAAGACAAAUACGACAUCCAGCAACAUCUCACCAGAGGCAGCUUUGCAAUGGAGUGAUUCCUUUGAAGAACUGCUGAAGCACUCAGAUGGGUUGGAAAGCUUCUCUCAGUUCCUCAGGACAGAGUUCAGUGAGGAAAACAUUGAGUUCUGGUUGGCCUGUGAAGAAUACAAGACCAUUGAUUCUGAGACGAAGCUGCUGUCCAAAGCCAAAUAUAUUUAUACGGUUUAUAUUGAAUCGGAGGCCCCUAAAGAGGUCAACAUUGACUACAACACCAAGAUGGACAUUCAGAAGGUCAUAGCACAGCCCACAAAGAGCUGUUUUGAAGCAGCCCAGAUGAAAGUCUACAGCCUGAUGAAAAAGGACUCCUACCCCAGGUUCCUCCACUCUGACAUUUAUCUGCGUCUCACCAGGAGGAAAGGCCCGGGGACCACCAUGUUUCGCAGAAGGUCACGGUCCUGUGUGUUCAACGACAGGGGCGAGGCCACAACUGAACCUUCGGCCUGGUAGUGGUAACAUUGCAUGCGUAAUCGCUCACUCUGUGAAACGGAUUAUUAUAUGAUGAAAUGAUCUGUGAUUAGCAGCACAAUUGCUGAAGCAUAAAGAUUGGUGCGGAGGCUUAUUUAAGCAGGUUUGCUUCUGCAGAGUGUGUUAUUUUUUAUAACCACGGGCGUCACAGUGGAUUAUCCUACUUACAUAUGGCAACUUGCCAACAAUUAACAAUUUAAAGAAAUUAGUUUCUUUUUUUUUUGACAUUUCUUGCUGACAGUUAGAUGAAAAGAUUGAUACCACUCUCCAGCCUAUACGGUAAAUAUAAAGCUAUGGCCGAGUGGUUAGCUUAGCUUAGCAUAAAGACUCUUGCUCUGGGCAAUGAUUACAAAACCAACAUAGCACCUCUGAAGAUCCCUAAUGUGCAUGUUAAAUCUUUUUUAUCUUAUCUGUGCGAAGACCUAAGAGUAAAAAUGACACGUUGCGGUGUUACAGGGGGAUUAUGUGCCAGACUAUUUCUUGCCCUGGCGCAAUAACUUCCUGAAGCCUUCGCUGGUUGCCUGACAACCUCACAGUGAUGAAAACACUCAAGGACAUUUGGCUAGCUGUUUCACCUCAUUUCCAGUCUUUCGGCUAAGCUAAGCUAACUGGCUGCUGGCGGUAGCUUUUUUAUCGAUCAUACAGAGUGGUAUUAAUCUUUUUCUUCUACUCAUCUCGGCAGGAAAGUGAAUAAGCAUAUUUCCCAAGGUGUCGAACUGUAAGUGCUUUACUACACAGCUGGAUAACAGCUGACACCAUUAGCCGUUCAGCCACAAGAAUAUGUUCAGAAUUGUUAUGAGGCCACUACGUCAGAGCCAUGUGGUUAUCUGGAAUAAUGGACACCCUCUGGCCAAUCAGAGCUGAGUAGUCUCUGUGACCAUGGUAUAAAACCAGAUAACUCACUUUGCACUUGUUUCUUGAUGAUUUCCUCAAAUCUUGCAAAACUUGAAUGACAGUGGGGUGGUAAGAGACCAAAUCUCAGAAUCUCAGUUGAAGUGCCUCAAUGACACUAACACAUUGAGGCCCCUGUCCUGAUUUCUGACACAUUACACUUCCAUUGCUUUGUCUUCCAAUCCAGUAAUAGCACCUUAUACAACCAUAAUAAAGUUGAAAUUGCAUACAAGCUAAUUUGACCAUAUAUCAUUAAAAAUGGAUUCAUGAUUUUAUUUCUCGCACUCUCCAACCCCUUCCAGACUAACUUGCUUCUUGCAGCCACGGUGACUGCAAAGCACUGAAACUUUUUAAUGAGGGAUAUAUAUCGUUCAUUUCUGUUACGAAUUCAAAAGUAUCCCAUUUUCAUACACAGAAAAUGCAUAUAUCUUAUUUGAAUACUAAUAUGACAUAUUAACUAUAAUUGCUGUUUUUCAGUUUGCAACCAUCUAAUAUAAAUUAUGUAUAACUAUGCUCAUAUGUUGCCUUGCAGUUGUAAAAUGUACAAACUAAAUUCAAAUAAACACUUUAUUAUAAAAGCUGUUUUAUUGAGGCAUUUUGAAUGUCCACAUCUAAAUAUGACAAGUGAAGGCAUGUCUGCAUAAUACACUAGUGGGAAAAUUGUGAUCAUGUGCAGCUCCUUAUUCCAAAUUGUUGAAAAAUGAAGUCUUUAUCAACUCCAACCACGCUAGCACAGAAUAAUUAAUGUCACUGUAUAUGUAUGCAGAGGCUAUACUUCUUACAAAGAAAAAUACAUAUUAAUUGAAAACUGCCAGUGAUCCCACUGAGUUGUCUUGCACACUGUUGAGAAUGUAUGGAGAAAAAAAUACACUAAUUACAGUUGCACAGCAUAAAGCUUCACAUGUACAUACAGCACUGGUUUAUCUCAUUAACACAGAUGUCAUGGUUGUAGCCUUUAGAGUCCAUCUCAGCCCAGAUUACUAUAAUUUUACAAAAAAGAAACGGUAUUGAAUACUUUACAGUUCACACUAAUUAUGCAUCCACAGUGCCAUAAGCUGCAGUUCCUGCUGUCCUCUCACACACAAAUAGUCAAAGAAGAGAGGGAAAACAUAACGUGUUAACAAAGGUAGGAGCUCAGCUGGCCUGCCAAAUUCAUCACAGUUUAAGAUUAGUUGCCCGGCUAAGAAUUUCGCUGGCAGAUUUCUUGUUUCUUUCCCAUUGGUAUUUAAAUGUGGGACUCAAGUCUGCUCUAAAAGCCUCUGAAAUCAUCCACGUGUUAAAGAUGUAUUGUAGAGCCGCAAGGAGGGAAACAAAAGAGUAAGAAAGCGGUUUGCCUGGAGAUAUAAGGCUUGUAAAACAAGAUGAAUACCAGUCUAAGAGGAGUUUAAAACAAAGAUGUUUAUUGUAAGGUGUCUAAUAGUGGUGAUUUACAUAGAUUUUCUCAAACGAAUGGGUUUUCUUUUUAAGAUUCCUCAAUCUAUGUCAAAGUCUGUCAGUAGUUUUGCACUCUUGGCCUCUGGUAUCCAAACUUUUACACCACAGGUUCCCAUUUUGAAAAAAAACUGUUUGUCUCAUUGUGCAGGCUUUUAUCUAUUUGAGGCAAAUUUUAUAAGAGAUUUGCUGACUCCAAGGCUCAGAUAUUGAGUUGUGAAAUUUGCCCUUUACAAAUAUGUUUGCACUUGAUGCUGUUGGCCUGCAAGGAUAUUGACAGACCUGAAUAACAUUUUAGUGCAACUGAAAAAAGAGGUCUGUGUUCAGUUAAUGAAAGUCUCAAGGUGAGACUUUGUCCCAUCCAUUCUAAACACUGUACUUCAACUGAAGUAUCAGGACCAUAUUUAGAGGCACAUUUUUAUGUGGGGAAAACAAUUAAAUAUCAUUCAAUUCAAUUCUGUGAGGACUACUGUCUGUCAGCUGCAUUGGACCGAUAAAGACAUGUUGAAAGAGGUCUGUGUAGAUACUUGGCCUAGAGUUUGUCUAUUGUUCAUCUGUCUUGAUAAUAUAUAAGGGCCAUCAGAAAUGUACUACUGAAAGGGCUGAGAGACAGUAAAAAAGAAAGAAUAGGAAAAAAGGUCACGUCCCUGCUGCACACUGUUUUCACGAUACAAGUUUGAGAAAAAGAGAUGAGACACUUUCUAAUUAAAUCAAAGGCAUGCUUACCGAUUUACUUUCAGGGGUUCUAAAUCUAGUUCAAAUAGUUUUUGGGUUACAAAUGCCCCCUAUACCAACCCCCACCCUUCAGGAGAAGGGUCAAACCCCAUUCAUGAUCAAAUUAAUAAAACAAGCAGGACCCAAAGCAAAGAGAAA